ACUCAAAGGAAGCCAUUUCCAUUGUGCUUGGGUUCAGACUUCAGAGAGAGAGAGAGAAAUGGGAUUGCUUUCCAAUAAGAUCGAUCGGGAACAUCUGAAGCCCGGUGAUCACAUUUAUUCCUGGAGGGAGGCUUACAUCUACGCACAUCACGGAAUAUACGUGGGUGAUGGAAUGGUGAUCCACUUUACCAGGGGAGCAGGCCAUGAAAUUGGAACAGGAACUGUGUUGGACCGUCUCAUUUUCAGUUCAUCUCCCUCUCAUGAUAAUGACAAUCCAUGCCCGAGAUGUGGUGACCAAAGUAGGACUGAUGGUGUCAUCUCUUCCUGUUUGGAUUGUUUUCUUUAUGGUGGUAAUCUAUACCUCUUUGAGUAUGGUGUCUCACCUGCAUUUUUUCUAGCCAAAACUCGAGGAGGUACCUGCACACUUGCUCCUUCUGAUCCAACUGAAGAUGUUCUUCGCCGUGCUUCGUUUCUUCUGGAAAAUGGAUUUGGUGGCUACAAUCUUUUCAAGAAUAACUGUGAAGAUUUUGCAAUUUACUGCAAAACAGGUCUGCUUGUAUUCACAAGCAUCAGUGUAGGCAGGAGUGGGCAAGCGACAUCGUACUUGGCUGCUGCUAGUGCCGUAGUUUCUACACCGCUUCGCUUUCUGACCACCAGUUUUAGUGGUUUAGCAUUGGUUGGUUAUGGCAUGUACUGUGUUAGCCGAUUGGUUUCUGAUAUUGGAGUACGUCGUGAUGUGUCUAAAGUUCCAGUGGAAAGACUCAUAUCUUCACCUGCCUUAGAUGAACCAGAGAAGAUAGCUGAUAUGCCCAAGGAAGAUUAGAGUUGGUUAAGCUUGAUUAAUGUAAUGUUUGUUAAUUCCUUCUUUCUUGAAUGAAGUUCCAUUCAUCUCCUUCCUACUAUGUAUGCUGUUUUCUAUUAAUUUAAACGAUACUGUCAUUUGAAUAUUUGGUAACCCGCAGCAGUUCUCUGCAUGCUACCUAGUUGAUAUAUAAAGCUUGGAU